GGAUGAGAGAGGAGAUAGCAGAUUUCAGUCAAAACUUUAUUUGAGGAAAGGCCGGGCAUGGCAAGGGAACUGGGACAUGGGAUGUCUUAAGUAGGAUGCCAGAAAAGCGGGUGAUCUUGGCAGCGAGCUUCCCGGCUACCGCACUCUGGGAAUACUCGUUUCUCUGCGGGAUUAAAGCGCGGUGAGCACUGGCGCGGCGGGGAGGCGGCGGCGGGUGCUGGACAGGAGCGUCCGGGCUGUGCCUGGACUCCAGCUCCGCGCUCGACCCCGGCGCGCUCCCGCUCUGCAGCGGUUGGCGGCGAAGCGGCUGCGGGCUCACGAGGACUGGGGAAAGCACCUGCAGGCCGGCCUUCCAGAGCCCGCUGCAAAGGUUACUUAGAAGAAGGAGUUUGUUCAGCUGUUGUCUAUUCAAGACAUGGAUAUCAAAAACUCACCAACUAGCCAUAACUCUUCUGCCUCCUACAACUGCAGUCAAUCUGUCCUCCCACUGGAGCAUGGCCCUGUCUAUAUACCUUCCUCCUAUGUAGAGAGCCGCCAUGAGUAUUCCACCAUGACGUUCUACAGCCCCGCUGUAAUGAAUUACAGCAUUUCCAGCAGUGCUACUAUGUCAGAAAGUGGGCCUGGUCGGCAGACUGAAAACUCAAAUGUGUUGUGGUCAGCUCCUGGACACCUCUCUCCUUUAUCACUUCACUGCCCCUCAUCACUUCUGUAUGCAGAGCCUCAAAAGAGUUCUUGGUGUGACCCACGAUCGCUAGAACAUACCUUCCCGAUAAACAGAGAGGCACUGAAAAGGAAGAUAAGUGGGAGCAGUUGCACCAGCCCUGGUUCUAGUCCGAGUUCAAAGAAGGAUGCCCAUUUCUGUGCAGUCUGCAGUGAUUACGCAUCAGGGUAUCACUAUGGAGUCUGGUCAUGUGAGGGAUGUAAAGCCUUUUUUAAAAGAAGCAUUCAAGGACAUAAUGAUUACAUUUGCCCAGCAACAAAUCAAUGUACAAUAGAUAAGAAUAGGCGCAAAAGCUGCCAGGCCUGCCGUCUUCGGAAGUGCUAUGAAGUUGGAAUGGUCAAGUGCGGUUCCCGAAGAGAAAGGUGUGGGUACCGCAUCUUGCGAAGACAGAGGAAUUCAGAUGAGCAAUUGCAUUGCCUGAAUAAAGUCAAGAGAGAUGGUGACCAUGUGACCCGUGUGAAGGAGCUGCUGCUUAGUGCCUUGAGCCCAGAGCAGUUGGUGCUCACGCUUCUUGAAGCAGAGCCACCCCAUGUACUUGUCAGCCGCCCUAGUGCCCCCUUCACCGAGGCCUCCAUGAUGAUGUCCCUGACCAAGCUGGCUGACAAGGAACUGGUGCAUAUGAUUGGAUGGGCCAAGAAAAUUCCAGGCUUUGUGGAGCUUAGCCUGUUUGACCAGGUGCGGCUCUUAGAGAGCUGCUGGAUGGAGGUGUUAAUGGUGGGCCUGAUGUGGCGCUCCAUAGAUCACCCUGGCAAGCUCAUCUUCGCACCAGAUCUUGUCCUCGACAGGGAUGAGGGGAAAUGUGUUGAAGGAAUUCUGGAAAUUUUUGACAUGCUUCUGGCAACAACCUCAAGGUUUCGUGAACUAAAACUCCAACACAAAGAGUAUCUCUGUGUCAAGGCCAUGAUCCUUCUCAACUCUAAUGUGUACCCUUUAGCGGCAGCAGCCCAAGAGACUGAGAGUGGCCGCAAACUGACGCGCUUGCUCAACGCGGUGACCGAUGCCCUUGUCUGGGUGAUCGCCAAGAGUGGCAUCUCUGCGCAGCAGCAGUCCGUGCGCCUGGCCAACCUCCUGAUGCUCCUGUCUCACGUCAGACAUGCCAGUAACAAGGGCAUGGAGCACCUGCUCAGCAUGAAGUGCAAAAACGUGGUCCCAGUCUAUGAUCUGCUGAUGGAGAUGCUGAAUGCCCACACAGUCCAUGGGCAGAAGUCCUCAGUGGCAGGGUCCCAGGACAGCCUGGCUGAAAGUAAGAGCGCAGAGAACUCCCAGAACACGCUGCCUCAGUCAGGUCCUGCCCUACGGUGAACAGGCUGCAGAGAGACUAAGAGACUGAUGGAUCAAGGCCAGCUUGAAAGGGGUCGACCGGGCUUCCUUGUUUUUCUGUUGUGUGGUCAUGUCUCUUUUGGCUAUCGCACACCACCUUCUCCCAAGAUGCAGAGCCAGUCUUCCUGUUAGCAGGGGGCAUUUGAGUAGAGUUUGUAUUUUGCUCAUUCUUCUGUCAUUUCCAUGUGGUCCCUUCCUUACUGGCCAUCUCUUUUUCAUGCCUUUGGAAAACACCCUCAUGACUUUGGAGUGAAUGGUGGAAAGUGACUUGGAAGAGCAAGGAAAUUGGAAGAGAAUGUUGUGUGUGGGGGGGCAUAGUCACAGGAAGUAGACUGACUUUAUUAUACUUCCUUGAAGCCGUUGGCCUACUCUUCUGAAUUAAAAACCAUGAUGACAAUCAGCUAACUAGUUUCAAUCACCACCUCACUGGCCAGUGAGGACUGAUAUGAGGGUGUGCUGUUACUAAAACCAGAGGAAUGGUGGCAGAGGGACCAAGGCUCUCCCCCAGAUACAACUGCCAUCUUCACUUUACUCUUCUCCCUUGAUGUGCAAUCAUAGAAGCUUUGAGUCAGGCUCAAUGUGGUGUAGGUGUAUAUGUGUGUGUGCACACAGAGUACUGUGGGGAUCUAAAUCUUCCUGCCUUUGGGAUUGCCCCUUCUUCGAACUUUCAUGUUCCAAGGGAUUUAGUGUGCUAGAGAACAACCCCGUGUUUGCAGAGUGGGAUUCUCUUCUGUGAGUUUGUCACAGCCACAAGAUUCCCUGGGACAGCUAUGCCCAUCCUAUCAACCAUGCAGGGGAGACAGUGCCCCUCCAGGCAGGGGGUACAAGACAGUUGCAUCCACACAUGUAGUGUAGGCUCAGGGUUGAACUGUGUAGACCUGAGAAAGACACUUGAGCAAGACCUGGUAUGGGAACUCUUCUUAAAAAAAGAAAAGAAUAAGGAAGAAUAAUUUUAUACUUACGGACUCUUUUAAGAUCUUUGCUUAUCAGAACAUUUCUAUGCUGUGCUGUUUGUAAUAGAAGCUUGGUAAAAUAUUACUUCUUAUUCUAACUGGAACAUGGAUGGGACAAGAUAAAGCUGCUCUGAAAUGAGAAUUUUAACUUUAAAAAACUGGAAAUUCUGAUAUGAAAUUCCAGGAACGCAGUGAAUGUAUAAAAUGUGUAAAAUGAGCCACACUUAUACUAUGGAAAUAAGAUUAACACAUUAUGCUUUGGUUUUCUGGUGAUAACAUUUUUAAUAGUUACCUGGACACAGAAGAUGAACCACAUUUUCUUUUGGAAAGAAGAUAUUUUCAAAAAAAAAAACAUGAGGAAGAUAAAAUUCCAUGUUCUAAAGCUGCUCUCUGCUGAUGGAUUUGCCCAAAGUGGGUGAUUCUGGAAUAUUCUUAGUAUAGAGAACACAGGAAGAGUGACCUUGUGGCACUCUUCUGUCUCUCACCCCCCCCCCCCGCCCCCUUUCCAGACCUCUCUCCACUCCCCAGCAUAUUCCAUUCAGAUCUGCCAUUGCAUUGGGACUAACUGCAAACGAUUCAUCUCCAAAAUCACGUUGAAGAAUUUUUUCUUGAAAACUUGAGGUGGUAACAGAAGAAUAAGUUGUGGUAAUUUAUCUGUUGUAAUAAGAAAUCUGGAAGGUUUUAAUUAAAAACAAAACAAUGCAAGAUCAGCAAAGCUCAGCAGUGAGAUAGCCUUUAUCUUGGUAUCAGUCAUCUGCUAACACAGUUGAUUUUAGAGCCCCAUUGGCCAUAAUUUUAGAUUU